UCAUUUUAUUUUACUUCAUGGGAUUGGGACUUGGGAGCUCAAUAAAUUUGUUUACUCUUGUCAACUUUUCCUUCAAGAUUGGCAACCGUCCUCCUCUAUCGACUCUUCUUUCUUUCUUCUUCUUCUCUUCAACUAAAACACCGGUUCUUGUGACCAUUGCUUUGCUCUUUCUAAAUUCAAUCUCAAUAAGUUUCUGAAAUGGCUGGGAAUUUAACUACAGGCAGAGCUGAAGAUCUUCCUGCUAAUGCAAAUGGGAAGUCUGCAGAUAACAAUUCAAUAGUUGUCUGCUUUGGUGAAUUGUUGAUUGACUUUGUACCAACUGUUGGGGGGGUAUCUCUGGCUGAAGCACCUGCUUUCAAGAAGGCUCCUGGUGGUGCUCCAGCUAAUGUGGCCGUUGGUGUAGCUAGAUUAGGAGGAUCAUCAGCUUUCAUAGGCAAGGUUGGUGAUGAUGAAUUUGGCCACAUGUUAGCUGACAUUUUAAAACAAAAUAAUGUCGACAAUUCUGGCAUGCGAUUUGACCAUAGUGCAAGAACUGCACUGGCAUUUGUUACACUCAAAGCUGAUGGUGAACGUGAAUUCUUGUUUUUCCGUCAUCCAAGUGCUGAUAUGCGUCUUCACGAGUCAGAACUUGAUAUAAACCUCAUUAAGCAGGCAAAGAUCUUUCAUUAUGGUUCUAUUAGUCUGAUUGAGGAACCAUGCAAAUCAGCUCACCUUGCAGCAAUGAACAUUGCCAAGAGGGCUGGCAGCAUCCUCUCUUAUGAUCCAAAUUUAAGAUUGCCAUUGUGGCCAUCAUCAGAGGCUGCUCGGACAGGCAUAAUGAGUAUAUGGGAUCAAGCAGACCUUAUUAAGGUAAGUGAGGAUGAAAUUAAAUUCUUAACUGGAGGUGAUGACCCUUAUGAUGAUAAUGUGGUGAUGAAGAAGCUUUUUCAUCCUAAUCUUAAGCUUUUGGUUGUAACUGAGGGGUCAGAGGGUUGUAGAUAUUACACCAAGGUAUUCAAGGGCAGGGUUCCUGGUAUUAAAGUUAAACCAGUUGACACUACGGGUGCUGGUGAUGCAUUUGUCAGUGGCUUACUGAGCAGCCUAGCUUCUGAUUUAAAGCUAUUUGAGGAUGAGGAGCGAUUAAGAGAAGCCUUAAAUUUUGCAAAUGCCUGUGGAGCCCUGACAGUAACACAGAGAGGUGCAAUUCCUGCGAUGCCCAUGAAAAAGGCUGUUAUUGAUGCUUUAACCAAAUUUGCUGCAUCAUAGAAAUGAGAAAGAGAUCCUAAUAGUAAUUGAUAUAUUUUGUUGUAUUAAGAUGUUGUAGUUUUAGUUUCCAUGCUGAAGUGAGCAUUAGUUGCUCCCCAUAGAACAAUAAAGAUCUUUGAGCCACAA